GUGAUCCUUCGCAAAAGAUGUGGGCGAUGGCUUCCCCGCUGCUGUACGAACAGACUAAUAGACGACCCUCUUCGUAUUCGAUCGAUACCUGGUAUAAUUUGCUUGAAAAAGCCAUUGCGGCAUGCAACUAGCCACUUUAGGGUCGUAGUGGUCCUAGGAUUGCCUUCUGCUUGAAACGACGCCUACCGCAAUUAUUGGUCAGCUAACAUCAUCGUGAUGAGCGGGAUUGCGAAAGAAAACACCAAGGCGGCCAAUCAAGCUUGGAGAAGAAAGCCUCGGAAGUUCGCUCCAAAGUCAAGACUGGGAUGUAAGACUUGCAAGAUAAGACGAAUCAAAUGCGAUCUUUCUCGGCCUUCAUGCUUGAAAUGCCAGUCCACAGGCCGCAUCUGUGACGGCUACAGCGAAAUGCUCCGCGAGAUUGAAUCAAAUCAUUCUCACAACGGCAUGACCCACGAAGCGGAUAGAGGCACCACGACCAGUGCGAAUCAUCCAGAAGAAUGUUAUGCGAAACACCAUGGCCUCAUUUCGCAGAAUCUCAGACCCUUUAUGAUCUUACCAGUGACCGGGUCAGGCCAAAGAGAGGCAAUGGAUUUUUUUGAGUAUAUUUCGAUCAAGCAUCUAAAUGAAUACCGCCCUAGUGAACCAUGGCGGAAAAGUCUCCUGUUCUUCUCCCAAACGGUACCAUCAGUGCGGUAUGCUGCUAUCGCAGUGGCCUUGGCCAACCGAAACUACCUGAAUCGCGAUUCUAGCGACCGUUUGCACGAACCGCCAUUCUCGAAUGACUGGCUACCACAUGAGGUUCCCUUGCUUUACUAUAAUCGAGCCAUCCAACUUCUUCUGAAGCAUGAGAGCGGAGACAGCGACGAUACGACAGCUAUCACACUUUUGGUCUGCUAUCUCUUCAUCUGCUUUGAUCAGCUGGCGGGCAACUACGUACAAGCAAUGAAGCACCUACGCGGAGGUGUUGAGCUCUCACGAAACAUUCACAAGGUUAUACUGAAUAAUAACAAUACAUAUGACGAUACCAAGGCCUUAGGGGUUCACGCACUUAUUUGCCAGGUAACAAGACAGAUCCACUGUCUUGAUAUGCAGGCCGUAGCGUUUCUGGUUGACUGGACUCCCGCCGAUAUCCAAGAAACACUCAUAUCCCAGCUUGCAUGCCCCAACAGUGCCUUUCAGUCUCUCGACCAAGCCUCUGACCACCUACAGAGCCUCGUCGCUCGUGUAAUGAGUCUACGCAAUACGGUGCAGCAAAUGCCCUUAACGGGCAAGAUACCCCUGCCACCUUCGUCAACCAAGCAUAUAGUUCUUAGGCAGUUGGAAACGUGGUCGAGUCUCUUCGAAAACAUGCUGCAACAUGGCAGCUCCUAUGAGACAGACCCUGAGAGUAAUCCGCUUAUCUCACUGCUACGCCUACAACAUACUAUCGCAUGGACUUUCCUCAGUAGUUCCGGACCUGGCAGGGAAAUAGAAUACGACAACUUUUUGACUCAGUUCCAGCAAUGCGUGGCGUUGGCAGGUGACUUAGCGGCAGUGCAUGAGCGAUAUUCGGGGUCGUUAAAGCCGACAUACACGCCGGAAAUUGGAAUUAUCCCAGUGCUGUAUAUAAUUGCGGCCAAAUGCCGGCAUCCUGUGGUCCGGCGUGAGGCCGUGGGUAUUUUGAGGCGGCAACCGAUACGGGAGGCGGUUUGGGAUAGCCUCGUUGUUGCCAGGGUCGUUGAAAGGAUAAUAGAAAUUGAGGAGGGUGGGAUUGAGAAGUGGGAAAUGUCACAGAGUAUGGAACAGAUUGCUGUGCGGCAGAGGAUCGAGGCGGUGUCUUGGGUACAUGUCGUCGGUGGACAGUCUGCGGGCAAAGUCGAUAUGAGGUAUACGUUCUGCGGGCGGGAGGAACUGCAUAUCGAGUCUCUCAUGAUAUAAUAAGCUCGGUGAUUAAUAAAAUAGUCAAAUUUUUAGUUAUAGAACACACAUUACACCGAAACAAUUUAC